AUGUCUUCAGCCAUAUUGGACAUGCAAUGCAUACUCGGCGUCAACAAUAAAUAUAUGAUUAAAGAAAUGUCUAUAGUAGACACGUUUACAUGGGCGACCCAACACUGGAUUUUUAAACAUUCAAAAUCCAUAGAGGAUAACAAAAGUCGUAAAACCAACAAGUGGCUGGAACGUAAUUAUCAUCAACUAGCUAUAGAAUUUGGUGAUGUCGAGUACGAAGAAGUAGGUAAAAUAUUGAAUUCAUUUAAAUUCAGUUGCAUCUACGUCAAAGGUGAACAGAAAAAACAAGUUCUUAUGGAGCAUAUACCACACGUUGCACUCAUCAACAUUGAAGACUUAGGCUGCCCUCGUUUGGAUCAAAUAUGUGAUGACGAAACUCUGCCUUGCUGUAUUUUUCAUAUGGAAUUUAAUCCUAAGCAAUGUACAUUUUAUAAAGUUUUUGCUAUAAGAAAAUGGUUUAUACAUAAUUCUUAA